AUGGCCUGUAAACGGGAUGGAGAUCAGAAAACAGCUUUGCAUGUUUUGGCUGAUCAAAAGGCUCCAGACGAUGAGAUUAUAACUAGCUGCAAGGACCCAAUUAAGAGCGGGAACUGGCCGUUAUUCAGCGCAUGCUUCCGCAAACUGCAAGCUGCUUCAAAAUCAGAAAUAUCGAAACGUGAUGAGUUGCUUGAAAUGAUAUUGAAUGAACUUCAGAAGAAAUCGAUUGAGGAGAUUUCAGAAGUAUUAAAAAGAACGACUUCAGAAGUGGUAAAAACUACUACGACUUCAGAAGUAUUAAAAAGCAGUACGAAUCGAGAAGUGGUAAAAACUACAACGACUUCAGAUGAAGUGGUAAAAAGCACGACUUCAGAAGUACUUUUCGAUGCUGCAAUGUCAGGAAACGUCGAGUUUUUGGAUAAGGUUCUCCGCAAGUUUCCGAUGCUGAUAUGGGAAAAUGAUCACGAGAAAGACCGAAGCAUAUUUCAUGUCGCUAUUCAAUAUCGGCAAGAGAAAGUGUUUAACUUAAUAUAUAACAUCGGAGCUGUUAAGGAUUACUUGGUAGGAAAUAAGGAUUACGAUGGCAAUAACAUGCUGCACUUAGCUGGAAUGUUGCCAGAUGAUCAUCAGGAAAGACUAGGCAUGCCGCGAGCAGACCUUCGGAUGCAACGAGAAUUAUUAUGGUUUAAGGAAGUGAAAAAGAUUGUCAGACCUUAUCAAAGGUCUGAGAAAAAUAAGGAAGGAAUGACACCCAAAGACGUGUUCAAUGCCACCCAUAAAGAUUUAGUUAAAGAAGCAGAAAGAACAGUUAGGGAGACAGCACGUUCUUGUAUGCUUGUAUCAACUCUCAUUGCUACUGUGACGUUCGCUGCAGCCCUGACGGUACCAGGUGCCAGCAACAAGAACAUGACUCCUUUACUCAGUAAAGAGCAGUGGACUUCGUUUUUUAUCCUAUCGAAUGCAGUCGCACUCUUCACCUCGGCAUCAUCAAUAAUCUCGUCACUCUCUGUUCUUACUUCAAGCUAUGCACAAAAGGAGUUUGUGAAGUCGUUGCAUGUUAGGCUGAUGUUCGGGCUCACCACUCUGUUUUUGUCAAUAACGGCCAUGCUCUUGACCUUCAUUGCUGUCAUGUUUUUGAUCUUUGACUACAAAAAAUUGGCAUGGCUUCCGUAUCUUAUUGUUAUUCUUGGCAGCGGUCCUCUGUUCUUGUUUCUUGGGUUGCAUUUGGGUCUUUUCACUGAUUUGAUCCGCGCGUAUUACUGGUCUAGUUAUUUAUGCCGGCCGAGCAAGCACAGAAUCUUCGAGUGA